AUGUAUGGAAGUAAAGGUAUUGGAUACAUUGCUGCCAGAGAAAUAGCUCGUAUGGGAGGUCAUGUUAUUAUUGCUUGUAGAAAUAUGGGUAAAGCCGAUGCGGCAAAUAGAGUCGGGAUGCAACAAAGCAUGUACAUCCCAAACAAACCACAUGUUCAAGGGAAAAGGGUUACACAACCUGACUUUGUAAGAAAUCUUGUUGUGAAAAAGGUUACAGAAUCAAAGGAAAACAUUAAUGCAAGUGAUUUUGUGAAAGAACUCAUGUUAAAUCUUAAAGAUUCAACAACAGAACAAAGUAUUGACUAUGUUGUACGUCAAACCUGUACACAGGCUAAAUCAAAAAUAUGGUUUGAUAACCGAAUUGGACGCGUCACUGCAUCAGUAGCACAUGAGUGUUGCAGAAAAGUAAAUGAAAAUGAACAAGUUUAA